UCAAGAAAAUCUAAUCCUAAAAUGGCGUUGAAAGUUCUAUCGGCUCUUGAUGUUGCAAAGACACAAUAUUACCACUUUAAAGCAAUCAUAAUUGCCGGUAUGGGUUUAUUUACCGACAGUUAUGAUUUAUUUUGUAUCCCUCCGAUCAUGACACUGAUCGGAAGGAUUUAUUACCCAAAGGUAAAUCAAGGGGACUCGGACCAGAAGCAGAAGCACUGGUUCGAGGUCCCAACUGUGAUUGCAUCCACAAUGAUUGUGAUCGCAUUAAUAGGGACCUCGAUUGGUCAACUGAUUUUUGGUCGCCUCGGUGACCGUGUUGGACGCCGUUAUGUGUAUGGCGUUUCUCUUAUGAUGAUGGUGAUGGGUUCUUUUGGAUGUGGAUUUUCGCUUUCGAGAUUGACGUCGAUGAUGUUUGUGAGCCUUGGGUUCUUUAGGUUUUUGCUCGGGAUUGGUAUUGGGGGCGACUACCCGUUAUCGGCAACAAUUAUGUCCGAGUUCGCUAAUAAGAGGACUCGUGGAGCAUUUAUCGCGGGUGUGUUCUCUAUGCAAGGGUUCGGUAUACUACUUAGUUCGCUUGUUACCAUGAUUGUUUGCCUCAUUUUUAAAGCUUGUGCCGACGAACUAAUAUCACCGUCUGAACUCAAACCAAUGGAAAACGUUGCUCGGGUCCCACCUGAAUCAGAUGUGGCGUGGCGACUUAUUCUCAUGAUUGGUGCUAUCCCGGCAUCAAUGACAUACUAUUGGCGGAUGAAGAUGCCCGAAACUGCCAGAUUCACAGCUUUGGUGGAGAGAAACACAUCACAAGCAGCCAAAGACAUGGAGAAAGUGCUCAAUGUAUCACUAAGUUCGAUCCAGGAAGACAUUGAGAUGAUGAACACACCAAACACUCGUGCACCUCUUUUGAACACCUACCCUUUCUUCUCUAGAGAAUUCUUCCGACGACAUGGUCGUGAUCUUGUCGCUGCAUCCAUCAAUUGGUUUCUGGUCGAUAUCGUUUUCUACAGCCUCAACUUUUUCCAAUACCACACAUUCAGAUCCCUUUUGACUUCUAAGAGUCGCGUGAAUAUAUAUGAUGAUGCAUUGCAAGUUGCAAAACUCCAAGCAAUCAUUGCAGUCAGCGCAACGAUCCCUGGAUACUUUGCGACGGUUUACAUGAUUGAUAAGGUUGGGAGGGUCAAGAUCCAGGCAGGCGGGUUUGUUUUCAUGGCGGUCAGCUUGUUCACGGGUGCAAGAGUUUACAAAGGUGGUUCCGACUCGGAUCCGAGUGUCGGGUUUAUAGUACUCUAUGGGUUUACAUUAUUUUUUUCGAAUUUUGGGCCCAACACUACGACUUUUAUAGUCCCGGCUGAGCUUUUUCCAGCGAGGUUUCGGGCCACUUGUCAUGGGAUUUCAGGUGCGGUUGGGAAAGUGGGAGCGAUAAUCGGGUCAGUUGGGUAUCUUUGGGGUUCUCAUGAUCCCCCAGAUGGGCAUGCGGUGUCGCGUAUGUUGUCCGCGAUGGGCGGGGUUUGUGUGUUGGGGUUUUUUGUGACUUAUUUCUUUACUAGAGAGACGAUGGGGCGGUCGUUGGAGGAGAAUGAGAAUGUUGACGAGCUUACGGGAGUUUGGUUCGUGAGAUUUUGGCCUAAAAAGUUUUGGGCUACAAGAUCUGAAACAAAUAUUGGUGAUUGACGAAUUACAGUUUCAACUAGAUAGUCCAUCGUGCAUGAUAAUCAUUUUCUAGUAGUAUUUAGUUUACAAUAUGUAAAUAAGCAUCUCAAAGUAUCAUUUUAUGUAAAAAUGUAUCAUCCUUGUAUUUUUUUUUUGGGAAUUUGGUGUUUUUUUACAUGAUACAUAGUGUCAAGUGUUUAGGAUUGAUUGUAUAAAUUACUUGUAUCAUUGUUUGUGAAUCUAUUUUCCUUUCUAUUUUUGA